AUGGCUGAAGAGUGGCAGCGCGACACUUACAUCGCACUGUUUGCCCUCAACCACAAGCCGAUUCUAAACCGGGAUGAAACGGUACGUAAGAGUCCGUCUAUUGUACGAGAUUACCCACAGUCGCAAAGGAGUAGUGACUGUUCAGAUAACAUGACUUGCAGUGAUACGUUUGCUAGCAAAGGGAGAAGUGUGAUCAGGAAUGCGGUUGUACACAAAGGUAGUUGUCAUAGUAUGAGUACGCAUAAGAUUGGUAGCACUAUUGAAGAUAGGAAGGGAUGUAGUAGUAGCGGUACGGAUACUAUUGUGAAUAGUGAUGAAGCCAGAAGUAGCAGUCUCAGUCGCAGUAGCAAUACCACGACGCACAUGACUAGGAAAAAUGUUGUUAGUGAGAAUAGCAGUAGCAUGGGUGGUAGCUCUACACACCCGACUGAUAAUGCCGUAGUAGAUAGUACCGGCGGUAAUAGGAUCACACUCUAUGCGACUAAGCUUAGACCCGAAAGUAGCAGCUGUCUGCGUGGCAGCAACGCAAAACGUAGGAAACGGGAUACGCCAGUUACGCUGAGUUCGAGUAUUCGUACUGGGCUUACAUGCAAGGACAGGGACUCCACGGCGACUUCUAGUGACGGCAGUGAACUUCCGCCUAUAGCUGGGAAUGUAGCGGUAGGCGUACACACCGAUACCCAUCGAGAGUCCGAGUGUACAGCUCAAGUCGAAGACGCGGAUGAGCAAUCAAAUCACAGUAGAAGUACUACACCACUAACUAGAGGUAGGGAGGUGCCGAUCCAGCAUAGCGGUUGUGGCCUUGUGCAGGCUUUUCAAGAGGUUGCGGUGUAUCCGUGCGACAGUAGCAAUGUGGCGCGAGCGCUACACAACACGGUGGUUAACUCAGGCCUGGGGUUCAGCGGCGGAGUGGGGUGGGGGGUUUGGAAUAGCAUAUGUGGUAGAAGUAUGGGUGUAGGUAUAGGAGUGUCACCAACGGACACGGGCAUGGACAGUGAAGCCAGGGCAACCAAGAAUAUAAACGUGCCAACGGAACCGGCAACACCCUCGAGAUUAUGGGGAUAG